AUGUCUUCCAACAACAACGACAACACCUCUACCCUCAAGGCUGCCUACGACGCCGUCACCGGUGCCGCCCAGAACGCCCUCGGCGCCGUCACUGGCAGCACUGGCGACGAGGCUCAGGGCAAGGCCAAGCAGGACCAGGCUCGUGCCGAGCACGAGGCUUCCCACGCCACCCUGAAGGGUCCCGGCUUCACGGCCUCUUCCAGCGGCGCCGUCACCAAGGACGACCCCGACCGUGGCCAGGGCUCGUGGAACCAGACUGUCGGCUCCGCCAAGGAGGCUCUCGGUGGUGUCGUCGGCUCUGAGUCCCUGAAGCAAUCCGGCCGUGAGCAGAACCUUGCCGGCCAGGAGCAGGAGGCCCGCGGUCAGGUCAACGACCUCGCUAGCGGCAUCUAUGACCGCGCUGCCGGCACGCUAGGCAGCGUCGGCACUGCCAUCACGGGCGACCGCACCAAGCAGGCCGAGUACGAGCGCCAGCACGAUGAGGGCAAGACGACGCAGCGCGGCGUCGAGCACGACCUGCAGAAGAAGACCGAGGCUCAACAGCAGUAA